AUGGCAGCCGACAAUACCCUGGAUGAUUUCAGGAUCACCGAAGUGCCUGGUAGCAUGUUCUACGUUCCGGACUUCAUCAGUCACAAGGAAGAAGCAGAUUUGCUAAAAGCAAUACCAUCAAAUCGCUGGAUCCAAUUACAACACCGCCGCUUGCAAACCCAUCCGUCCUCACUAUCAAAAAGCAAUACCUUACUCGAAGCUCCACUACCGGCAUGGCUUGUGGACCCAAUCAUCUCGAAAUUCAAGUCACUUGGUCUGUUCAGUGACAGUCCACAUCAUGCGCCAAAUCAUGUCUUGAUUAACGAGUACAACCCAAAUGAAGGAAUCAUGCCGCACGAGGAUGGCGCAGCAUACUAUCCAAUCGUCGCCACUGUGAGCUUGUCGAGCACUCUGUGUCUUGACAUAUACGAAAAGACUCAGGAUGGAGAAGAAACUCGUCUCAAUUCAACACCCAAAUGGCGGGUAUUGCAAGAACCACGCUCUCUGCUUGUCACCUGCGGAUCCGCAUAUACCGACACUCUUCAUGGCAUCUCGGAAAUUGAGGUUGACGAGGAUCUGAGAGCCGACACAGUGGCUAAUUGGGGUCUUCUCGGCGACAGCAACAUCUUGGUUGACAAUGGAGGCAAGAACGUGCGCACGACUCGUGUCAGUCUCACGUACAGAGAUGUUCUGAAGGUUUCAAGGGUUGGAGCGAGAAUUCUGGGUAGACCGAGAGGAUGA